GGAUUUUAACGUGUAGACGAGGACACGUCUGCCUCUGUUUGUCGCGAAUUACGACUGUUGUGUUGUGUAGUGUAGUGAACUAGUGCUAGUGUUGACCGGUGACAGACAAAGAUGAGAUGUUCCGUAGUGUUGUGAUGUCAACGGGUUUCAGAUAAGUUUGUUAUGUGAUAAGUGAACUGUGAAAAAUGGGGACACUUGUUUUCUUUGUAAUCGGAUCCCUGCUUAUUGGAUGGAUUCAUGAAACGAUAGCGUUACGAGAUGUGCAGCUCAUAGCCCCAUCAGCUGUGAAGCUUGGUGACACAGUGCUCCUGGGGUGCAAAUGGACUUUAGAGGGCAAUGAAACUCUGUACAGUGUCAAGUGGUAUAGAGGCCGACAGGAGUUUUUUAGCUAUCUUCCCAAGGAAUAUCCAUUUACGAGAAUCUUCGCGCAGCCUGGAAUUGAUGUUGAUGUAUCAAGAUCAACAUCUCAGCAAGUUGUAUUACGAGAAGCGACGCGUGCGCUGGCCGGAAGAUAUCGGUGCGAAGUUUCGGCUGAUGCACCUUCCUUUCAUACUCAAGUUCGGUCCGCCUUCAUUCAUGUCGUUGAGCUUCCUCCUGAAAAGCCUUCGAUAAAAGCAGAAAAAGGCUGGUACGCAUCUGGUGACUCUUUACGUGCACAGUGUGUCUCACCACCGGCCGAUCCACCUGCAAAUCUUACCUGGCUUCUCAAUGGAAGAGAUAUUCAAGGCAAGCCAAUAAUCCAACAACGUAUACUGCCCAGCCCGGCUGUGUCAAUACCGAUGGCUGGCCCCACCCACGCCCCCGGAGAUGAAAACACCAACAUCAUAUUCAGCCCGUGGAAGGCUUUCGGGCCCUUUGUUGAUACUAUACAGGAUGGAGAAGUUCUUCCAAGUCAAGAUACAGUGGUGUUCCCAACAUCGAAACAAGAUAGCCUUGAUGAAGAUGUCACUGAUCCAAUACCAACCAGUACGAGGGAGUCGUCAAAUAAGGUGGCCUCAAUCAGCCAGCUUUCGUUUCUGGUGAGACCAGAGAGCUUCGAACGUGGCCAGUUAAGACUGACCUGUGUUUCCACGGUCCACUCGGUAUACAACGAGAGGGCUGAGUUGGUCAUCAACGAGGAACGGCCACAGAUCGCCUCUGUGCUUGGCACCAGAGACCGCUGUUCUGGCGUAUUUGCAUCCAACAUCCUUGUUCUACUGAGCACAUUGUCUGUUCUUAUGAUACGGGUCUUACGAUGAUGUCCGACGCAUGUAACGUUGUAAAUAGUUGAAUAUUGCUACGAUUAAAUUAGAUAUAUUAACACUACAAGGUAUAUAAAUGUAUUUCUGUUCUUCCAUUGUUUCAAAGACCGCCGCCAUGUUAAAGAUUUUUUAUUACAUGGAAAAUAAUUACGAUUACUAUGUUGAUAGCAUUAACGUGUAUUUAAUGAUGUAGCUCUUGGGUUUUCUUAUCCAAGGUUUGAACUUUAAAAUAAGGCAGUAAAAAUUUUCUUAAUUGUCAAAAUACCUUUUUAAUGA